AUGUCUCUUUCAAUUCAACGUCAAAUCACUCACUCUGUCCAAAAUGCUCUCAUUGGCUCCGCCCAUUUCCAACCAGAAACUAUUCGGAAUGUGCAAAUUGUCACAAAAUGCACAAAUGCUGCGUGAGUUUGAAACAUGGGAACAUUUUAUGAAUUCUGCAACCCUGGCAUACUUUCCUUGUGUUCAGUUUGUGUGCCAGAGUUGCAGAAUCACGCUUUUCUGCUGAAUUGUAGGAAAUUUCUGAGUUUUUGAUUUAAAAAAGAGAUCACGCUAAACAAAGAGACUCAGAAAAUGUGCAAACACACUCACGAACUUUCACACACAGCAUUUUCCACCGUAGUCUUCCCAAAUUAUUUUCUCAGCAAGAAAUAUAUUUUUCCAGUUCAAGAUUCGAAACUGUCUUCCCUGAAUUGUUUGUGAAUUCAAAAGUCAGCUCUCACACUUCACUCGAACAACUUUCAACAAUUCGAAAUGCUGAUGUUAUUGUGAUUAACAAGGUUUUGGGAUCGGUAGGUCUUUUAUCUUUUUUUCUCGACUGAUGUAACUUUUAUCAAGAUCAAAACGUGAAAAAUGAACAAGACUUAUCAGCGAAAAUAGUGUUUUUUUAUUAGAAUGUUUUUUAUUUCCAUGUAAUGAUAACCUUAUCAUUUUUUAGAUUGUUGACCAUGCCGAAGAAUUGGAUACAUUCUUGAAAAAUGUGUUAACAGCUACAAGUUUCGGAGGAGUUGUUGUAAUUCGGGAGGAUUUACGUGAGUUUUUGAAUUUUUCUGAAUGUAAUCCUAAUUUUUUUAAAUAUUUAGAAUCUCACACUGACCCAAAACACGUUGCUCGCCUCACUGAUUAUUUCGAUGUUUUCCGAGCCACUGUUGAUUCGAAAAACUCUGGCCUCGAACUUUAUACAGUUGAUCAAGUUGAAAACUCAAUUUACACUCGUCAAAACUAUCUCGACUUUUUCUGGGUUUUCACCAAAAAAGAGUUUGCCGCCUCAACUGAUGAAACUGUCACUUUCCGCGAUUUUUUGGACAAAACUCAAUAUACAAAUACUGGAAUUUAUGCGUAUGAAUGGAUUUUCGGAGAUAACUUCAUUUCUCCAGGAGGUUAUGAGGAGAAUUUGAGAAUUAUUAAGAGAUUCGGAGAUUUGAAAGCCGGGCAAACUAUGUUGGAUAUUGGUGUUGGAAUUGGUGGAGGAGCUAGACAAGUUGCCGAUGUAAGAAGUUCAAUUUUUGUUAUGUUUUUUGAAAGAAUUUUUUCAGGAAUUCGGAGUUCAAGUUCACGGAAUCGACCUUUCAUCAAAUAUGCUCGCUGUUGCUUUGGAAAGAAUUGAAAAAGAGAAGGUACACUAGAUAAAUUUGCAUACUCCUUACAAUUAGAACACUAAUAUUUUCAGGAUGCUCGCGUUCGUUAUUCCAUCACUGAUGCUUUGGUCAACAAUUUCGCUCCAAAUUCAUUUGACUAUGUUUUCUCAAGAGAUUGUAUUCAACACAUUGCUGGAACUGAAAAUUUGUUCAAGAGAAUUUAUGUGAGACAUUUUUAUACAGAGUGUUUUAUUUUAUUUUUGGUUUGGAAAUUCAAAUUUUAAUUUCAGGACACUUUGAAACCAGGUGGAAAAGUGUUGAUCACAAUGUAUGGAGCUGGAUACGGAGAAUUGUCUGAGAAAUUCAAGUCAUACGUGUCUCAAAGACAUUAUUUCUUGAAGAAUUUGAAACAAAUCGAACAGGUAAAUUUGGAAUUGAAAAAUUGUUGAAAUUGUUGAGUUCAGAAUUUCAGCAUUUUUUUUUUUGAUAACAAAGCCUGCAGGCCUGAAUCCAACUCAAAUUUCCAGAUCGCUCAAUCAACAGGAUUCACCAACAUUUACACCGAAAACUUGACUCCCCGCUUCAAAGAAAUCCUCGGUGAAGAAAGAUCUCGCGUCGAAAACAACAUGGAAGAAUUCUUGUCGAAAUUCUCACAAAAAGAAUACGAUUCAUUGGUUCGAGGAUGGACUGAUAAAUUGGGAUAUAUUGCUGAUGAUAAUCAUAAUUGGAAUCUUUUCUUGGCACAAAAACCAUUCUAA